UCCGCCAGUGAAACUUUGCAAUCCUUUUGAAGUCUGUCUCUCAGGUUGUAGUAUAAAUUCACUUUCAAACUAUUCAAAAUGAGCGCCCAGAGAACGCAGAGCCGUGUCCGCUCCACUGCUGUACCCGGAGGAAUACCCUGGGAUAAGGAAUUCCUGAAAAAAUACCGAGUGGAACUACGGGACGGCAUGACUCCAAUCACCCUCAAACGUGUUCUCGACGACUUGCUGGCCUCGAAAGUCUUGACAGACGAAGAGGAGGAUCUGAUCUUGAACGAUGGAAAAACCAGGAAGGACAAGAUCAGAAAUCUGCUUGACAUCUUGCCUUCCAAGGGCCAAGGAGCGAUCGCUCGCUUCAAGACCGCCCUCGCCCAAGUGGACGAGCCAUCGUCACAGCUGGUAAAGAACCUUGACGCCAUGGAAGCUGAAACUUCGCUGCGCUAAGGGACUUUAAAAGCGCCAAUGUCUUUAGAACUGUGUGUGGUGUCCAGGGCGAAUUGUUUGCUGUGAAUUUUGCUGUGUUUUUAACCUCUCGACACCAACAUAUAUUGGUGACAUGCGAGCAUUCUGUGCUUUGUUAACUGCAUGAUGAUAUUACUAAUUUAAAAUAAUUCCGUCCCUGCUGCCCAGACUUUGGUCACACUGCCACUUUGGUCACGAUUUUUUCACAGGCAACUCAGGUACAACUUCAAUGUCGACAAACUUCUCAAUAGCAUUUUGGCUAUAUAAGAGAUUGAGACUUUAGUGGAAAUAAACCUCAACACAUUUCUUGAGUACCAACAGUGCCUUUCUUGCUGAAUCAGGUCGACUACAUACAUCAAACUAGAAAAUGUAGG